AAAUCUUUUGGAUCAAGAUGUGCAGCUCAAACAGUUUACCUUACCUGGGAGUGAUGGUAAUGGCGGUGGUCGCCAACAAGAUGCUGGAUGAAUGUUUGUCAUCGAACCGUAAAUACACCAUGAAUGUUGUACUACUGGAGGACAACUCUUAUGGUUGGAGUCGACCAUUUGUGCAGGCGGCUGUGGAACGAGCUAUUGAAGAGGACAGGCAAGAGAACAUUAACAAAGGUUUAAACUUCACUUUGACGGCUAACUUCAGUGGGUUCAAUACCACCUUGUACAACCGGCAGGGCUGUGGGAGCAGUACCUGUGAGGGAGUGGCAAUACUCAAGAGGCUGCAUAAUAAGGGUGAAGUCGGUUGCGUCAUGCUGGGGCCUUCCUGUACUUAUGCCACAUUCCAGUUAGUGGAUGAUGAAAUUGGCCUGAGCCUGAGCAUUCCCAUUAUCUCUGCCGGGAGCUUCGGACUCUCAUGUGACUAUAAACCCAAACUGACCCGCAUUCUGCCUCCAGCACGCAAGAUCUCUGACUUACUCAUCAACUUUAUGAGGGAUACCUUGCCAUUUAAGAAGAAAGCUUGGAAGCAGGUCUAUGUCUACAAGAAGUCCAGCAACACAACCGAGGACUGCUUCUGGUACAUCAAUGCAUUGGAAGCACCCUCUGCCAACUUUGCUACAUGGACUAACAGAGAGAUGUUGCGUGGGGAGGGCGAGCUGACGAAUGCCCUAACUGCUAAGAAAAGACACAGCAACAUUUUCAUCUUAUGUGGGACCCUUGAUGAUCUUGUUUCAAUAAAGGAGAAGGUGGGCCAGAUACACAAGGACAUCAUGUUCAUUCUCCUCGAUAUUUACAACCCUGAUUAUUAUGUCAACACAACAUCCAGUAAGAGUAUGGAAGACGUCUUGGUGAUCACUCUGCCGCAGAGGAACUACAAGUAUGGAUUAAACUCAUCAUAUAAUGACACGAUAAAUGACUAUGUGGCUGGGUAUCAUGAUGGCGUUCUGCUAUUUGGCAAAGUGCUCAGAGAAAGGAUGCUCAGCCAGCAACGCAACAAGGAAUCCUAUGAUGUGCCUCUGAGUGACAACCCGUUUGGAAACAUCUCCUUUGAUGGUAUGGGAGGACACUAUGUUCUUGAUGAAUAUGGUGACAGAGAUGUUAACCUCUCUAUGAUUUACACAUCAGCUGUCACUGGCAAGUACAAAACCCUGUCAGUGUUUGAUACAUCGCGAAAUAAAACCGUAAUAAUAGAAACAAACCCCACCCUGCCGUGGAAAGGGGGUGAGCUGCCCCCUGACGUGCCAGAAAAUCCAGGCGGCUUAAAUACACAGGAUGUGAUUGUGAUCGUUCUGAGUCUCAGUGUUGUCGUGGUGACAGCCAUCGCUCUCAUCUUCUACAGGCAGAACAGGAAAGAGCGUCUUAUGCAGAAGAAGUGGUCUCACAUCGACCCGCACCUGAUUGGUCCGCUGGAUGAGAAGGAGGUCUCGCUGAAGAUUGAUGAAGAUAAGAGGAAGGACAGCACAGUCUUCUCUCAGCGAGGGCGCUAUGACAAGAAGCCUGUAAUCCUGAAAGAGCUGAAACACACAGACGGAGACUUCUCCGAGGACCAGAGGAUUGAGCUUAACACUCUGCUGCGUAUCGAUUACUACAACCUGACCAAGUUCUACGGCACGGUGAAGUUUGAGUAUGGCGUGUUUGGGGUGUUUGAGCUGUGUCAGAGGGGCUCCCUCAGGUACAUUCUGAAUGACAGGAUCUCCUACCCAGACGAAACCUUCAUGGACAUGGAGUUUAAGAUAUCAGUCAUGUAUGACAUAGCAAAGGGCAUGUCGUAUCUCCACUCCAGUAAUAUUGAAGUCCAUGGUCGCCUCAAGUCCACCAACUGUGUGGUUGACAACCGCAUGGUGGUCAAGAUCACUGACUUUGGUUGCCACACCAUCCUGAGGCCGGGCAGAGAUGUGUGGACUGCCCCGGAGCAUCUUCGUAAAGAUGGGGUGUCUCAAAAAGGCGAUGUGUACAGCUAUGCCAUCAUUGCCCAUGAGAUCGUUAUGAGGCGAACCCCGUUCUAUACGCAGCACUGCUCUAACAUUGCAGAGAAGAUCCACAGAGUGCAGUAUCCCUCUGAGAUGGUUGUGUUUAGACCUGACCUCAACUUUGACAGUGCAUCAGAGCGGGAGAUUGAGCUGAAUAUGCUAAUAAAGAACUGCUGGGAUGAAGACCCAGAACGGAGGCCAGAUUUUAAAAGGAUAGAGGUAACUCUGGGUAAGAUUUUCAGUAACCUACACAACCAAGCCACUGAGACGUACAUGGACAACCUGAUCCGUCGCCUGCAGAAUUAUUCAAGGACUCUGGAGCGUCUGGUGGAGGAGAGGACCUCUUUGUACAAAGCUGAAAGGGACAGAGCUGAUCGCCUCAACUUUAUGCUACUUCCUGGCCCAGUGGUGCGUUCACUGAAGGAGACAGGCGGAGUGGAGCCUGAGCUGUUUGAGGAGGUGACCAUUUAUUUUAGUGACAUUGUGGGAUUCACCACCCUCUGCCACUACAGCACCCCAAUGGAGGUGGUCGACAUGCUCAAUGACAUCUACAAGAACUUUGACAGCAUCCUUGACCACCAUGAUGUCUAUAAGGUUGAGACAAUAGGAGAUGCGUACAUGGUUGCAUCAGGUUUGCCCAAACGCAACGGCAACAGACAUGCAGUGGACAUCGCCCACAUGGCCCUGGACAUCCUGGCAUUUGUGGGGACUUUUGAAUUACAGCACCUGCCGGGUAUCCCUCUGUGGAUCCGUAUUGGUGUGCAUUCAGGACCAUGUGCAGCAGGAGUGGUGGGGAACAAGAUGCCUCGCUACUGUCUUUUUGGAGAUACAGUCAACACUGCCUCACGCAUGGAAUCCACGGGCCUGCCUCUGAGAAUUCACGUCAGCCAGUCCACCAUCAACAUCCUACAGAGGACAGACUGCAAGUUUGAAUAUGAAAAGAGAGGAGAGACGUACCUGAAAGGUAAAGGCAAAGAGAUGACAUACUGGUUAACAGGGGUGACUGGGGGAAAAUACAACCUGGCGACACCACCAACAGCGGAGAACUUCCAACGGCUCCAGCAGGACUUGGCAGAGAUGAUCGUGUCCAGUCUGGAGAAGCGUGGAGAUGGGAGCGAGGGUUUCAAAAAGAGGAAGACCCUGUCCACCAAAGUCCGUCAGAGGGAGACCACUAGCAGCCUGCAGAGUGACAGCCUGCCAGAGUACUUCCACCUGGCUGUCACUGACAACCCCAGUACCUACUUGUAAUUACAGAGGAACUUUCAGUACAAUAUCGGUGAAGGCGUAGAUGCUGUAGAAGUGCGUCAUAACCUGUACCUUUCUGAAUCAGCACUGUUGGGUUUCUUUGGAGAGCUCUGUUCAUCCAGGGGUUGGAGUGACUGGGGAACAGCUGUGGAUCAAGCAGGCAUGUUAAAGGUGAGACUUAUGGGUUGAUGUCAUGAUAAACGUGCCUACCAAAGUUUCAGUGCUCUUUAUUUUCCCUGACAUCCAUUCUUCACACUUUUCAACCCCCACAAUUCUCACUCCCCCGGUAGAAAAACCAUCCCUCUGUCACCUAAAAUGAAUUGUUUCUAAACAUUAAUUUAUGUCUCAUUGUUCAUUAAAAGUAAAAAUCCAUCUUCAGAUAUGUUAUAUAUCAUUUGUCGUUGCAGAAAUAAGACCCUCCUCUUGUAUUGUGUGGCCCUGACACAAUUUCACUAAUACUUUACGUCAUUACAUUUAACUUGGUGUUGAUGAGAAUAUGUGAGGAACACAACAAAACAGUAAAACUGGAAU